CCCGAGUCUCCCCACGGCCAGAGCGCACGGUCCCCAAAGUGCACCUGCCGGCAGUCCCAGCCCAGCGGGAGAAGUGGACAUGAGGUUAGCAGGUCCCCUCCGCAUUGUGGCCUUAGUCAUCACGGUGGGCCUCACCUGGGUCGUAGUCAGCAUCCUCCUCGGCGGGCCUGGCAGUGGCUUUCCUCGCAUCCAGCAGCUCUUCACCAGCCCAGAGAGCUCAGUGACUGCAGAGCCACGGGCCAGGAAAUACAAGUGUGGCCUGCCCCAGCCAUGUCCUGAGGAGCACCUGGCCUUCCGCAUGGUCAGUGGAGCUGCCAACGUCAUCGGGCCCAAGAUCUGCCUCGAGGACAAGAUGCUCAUGAGCAGCAUCAAGGACAACGUGGGCCGUGGGCUGAACAUCGCCCUGGUGAAUGGGGUCAGCGGUGAGCUCAUCGAGGCCCGGGCCUUUGACAUGUGGGCGGGAGAUGUCAACGAUCUGUUGAAGUUUAUUCGGCCACUGCAUGAAGGCACCCUGGUGUUUGUGGCAUCCUAUGACGACCCAGCCACCAAAAUGAAUGAAGAGACCAGGAAGCUCUUCAGUGAGCUGGGCAGCAGGAACGUCAAGGAGCUGGCCUUCCGGGACAGCUGGGUGUUCGUGGGGGCCAAGGGCGUGCAGAACAAGAGCCCUUUUGAGCAGCACGUGAAGAACAGCAAGCACACCAACAAGUACGAAGGCUGGCCCGCCGCGCUGGAGAUGGAGGGCUGCAUCCCGCGGCGCAGCGCAGCACGCUAGCGGCCCCGGAGGGCAGCGCCUGGGCAGCAGCACUCUCUUGCUCCGACACAUCGGGGCUCCGAGACAGUGACCAGAGUGUGGCCUCAAGGUAGCGGGGGCGGCAGGGGCCGGCCCCGUCCCGCUUCGUCAUGGGAGCCCAGGUAGCCAGGUCCUUGUUUUCGGAAAGCUGCUCCGCAGGUCAGCCCCAGCCAGCCCUUUCCUUCUCCAGCCCUCUGCCUUCUUCCCCACUCCCGAGUGCCCCUGGCUGGAACGCCCUGGGUGCUCUCCCUGGCACCCUUCGAGUCUGACAGCAGCCACCCAGCAGAUGGGGCAUCUUCCAGAGCCUGUCGCUGCCCUGCGGCUAAGCCCGUUUCCAACACGACUCCUUCUGGGGAGGCAGACCUGGCAGCCACGUCCAUGAGCCUGACUUCCUGCUCUCAGGAGGACAGGCUCCUUGGAGCAGGCUGGCCUGGGGUGGCAAGGUAGCCGGGGUCUGAUCACAGUCCCUAACACAGCAUGUGGCGGCUCCUGAGGUUUGUCAGAGGGCCGCCUUCUAGAAGAGCUUUGAAUAAAUCAAUGGUCCCCAAUGGAA